AUGGGACAAGCCAAAAUAAUAUUUGAAUAUCUCCCAGAAGGUGGAAUAUUGCCAUCUUUGCAAUUGAAUAUAAUACGUGUGUAUCAUUUGCAAACUGCCAAAGAUUACUUUAUGCUGGGUUUAAUGAUUGCAAUUUGUUCUGGAAUUGCUGCACAAGUGAAUCUAUUCAAUGGAAUGAGCGAAUUAAAAUAUCGUACAGAUGAAUAUUUUAGUACGCCUUCAUAUUUCCCUGGAGCAGUUUUCCGAUUAGAUAAUGUAGUUAGAAGUGAAUUAGCAUACGAUGAAUCUAUGUGCUGGUUGUUGUUUUUUAGCUGUUUAAAAAUAAUUCGUUACUCAAUAUAUUUUGGUCAUAAUGAUCGAUUCUCGCGUACAUUAGGUCAGGCAGGAAGUACAUUAAUUGCAUUUGCAUUUCGAUAUGGAACUGCUUUUAUUGCAUUUGCCCAAUUUGGAUACUUGUUAUUUGGAACAUAUCAUGAAUCCUAUUCCACUUUUUAUGCAUCCUGUUUGGCUAUAGUUCGUUUCAAUUUUGGAUACAUUGACUUUGAAGAAUUAAUCAAUAUACGUGGUAAAUUAGGUCUUUUGUACGUGCUACUUCUCUUAUUUUACAUGGUCGGCUAUAUGAUGGCACUUUUAUUAGCCAUUCUAUUUAAUUUCUAUACAAUAAAUGAAUCGGAAGUUGUUAUUAAACGUGGGCCAACUGCUGGUGGAAUGUGUUGUUCUUGGUGUACGCGAUUAAAACAUUAUUUUAGCCGAAAAAAGAAAAAAGUUUUACCUGUUGAUAAUAUUACAACGGAUGAACUGUUGGAUUCCUUGGACAUUUUAAACUUUACUGAUCCUGAAAUAGAUUUAUUUCAAAUUAAAUAUAAAUUAAAUGAAAAGCAAACCAGUGACCCAGAGUAUGUCUCCAAAAUAUUGUGGAAUGUAAUUGAAGAAAUUCAAACUGAUGUCAAGAAAAAUGAUGACGAGUUACGUGGAGCUGAAUUAGAUGAUUGUAACAAAAAUGAAAAACGAAAGCCAUUAUAUACUAAACAAUAUAAUGCAACUUUAGCAACAGCACGUAUUGGUAAAUGUAUGUUACAACCACGACAGGUUAUCAAAGAAGAAUGUCCAGAUCCAUUAAAAUUGGAUAAAUAA